GCUUGCGUGCCUUAAUUGAUGGCUCGCUUGCUUGCUGCACCGCCGGGCUCCAUCUCCGUCGUUCAAUCCCCCGUCCUCUUGCAUCUCUCGCAGGGUGCUGUAUCUCUCUCGACGAUUCUUCUAAUAGGCAAUAGCUGGAAAUUUCCAGAAGACUUUAGGGGAACUUUUAAAACUAUUUAAAUUUUAAAAUACUUUUUUGGUCAUUCUUUAUAUUAAUGUUUUUUAUUUUGUUUUAUGUUUGUUUAUUUCUCUUGCCUUGGAGAAGGAGAUGGUGUAGAUGGCGAAACUGGUCAUGAAGGGGCGGUGAAUCCCCGAGUUAGCGAGUGCUGAGGGGAGUUAGGGUUCUGAGCACAAGCUGUGCGGGGAGGAACGGGGAUUUGUAGCGAGAAUUUGUAGCGAGGAUUUAUAGACUGUGAGUUGUUGUUUGUUUGUUUGUUUUUUUUUUCUUCUUUUUUUUUUUUUUUUGAUUUUUUGAUUUUUUUUUAAGUGUUAGCUUUAGCUGUGGUUCGAUCUGUUACGAUGGGCCGCAUGAAGCCGGCUGCAUUGUUGCAGCACAGUAAGAAGAAGAAAGGCCCGGCGCGCCUGAGCGCUGGCACGAUCGUGAUGGUUGGAGUGGUCGUCAUCCUCUUGAUGAUGUCUGUCAUAGCCAUGCAUAGAUACAAAUCUGGAGGGAACAUAGAUAGGACUGCGUUACAAGAAAACAUUGAUGUCGUCGACGUUAAGGCUGCCGAUGAGAAUUCUGAUGAUAAGACAGGUUUAGAUGGGAGUGUCUUCCCCCGAUAUGCGACCCUGAACACUACGAAGGGAUUUAUCACCUUGGAGCUUUUUGGAAAGCAGACACCUCUCACUGUGGAGAAUUUCAUCACACAUAGUAAAAAUGGCUACUACAACGGAGUGCUGUUCCAUCGUGUCAUCAAGGACUUCAUAAUUCAGAGCGGUGAUCCAAAGGGCGAUGGAAUGGGUGGUGAGUCAAUUUGGGGCGGCAGCUUCAGGGAUGAAUUGAACAAAGAGUUGAUCCAUGAACCAUUCACUCUAUCAAUGGCAAACAUAGGCGAAAGAAAUUCAAAUAGAUCGCAGUUCUUCAUAACCACAAUUGCCACACCGCACUUGGACAUGAAACACACUGUGUUUGGACGUGUUGUUCGUGGUAAAGAUGUGGUUCAGGCUAUUGAGUCCGUGGAGACAGAUGAUAAGGAUAGACCUCUUACACCUGUCUAUAUCCAUGAUAUUAAGAUUCAUGAUGAGCUGUGAGGAAGAGCCAUCAGAUUGCUAGCUAUAGUAAUGUCUAUUACACAUUGAGGAGAAUGGUGUUGGAAAUAGCAAGCUAUAUUCACUUGGCCUUGCCAACCACCUGCAGUCUGUAUUGCUAUUUGUUCUAAGAAACUGUUAGGUGUUUGUUAGUCUCUGGUGUAUUAUACCACAAGACAGGCAAGUUGAGCUCAUCAGGCUCUUCAACUCUUGGAUGAAGUCUUGUAGCAAGUAAAGAAGUGGAGCUGUAGUUGAACCCCUUUUGUAGCACUGGUAGAGGAGAAAGGAAAAGCAGAAGUAGUCUUAGAUUGAGUAAUUCUUGGGAAACAGAAUUUUUGCACACUGCUGUCGGUAUGCUUGAUGUAAAGGUAUGCACGUGAGCUGUGAGGUUCGGCCAAGCAGAGGAUGGUUUGUUUGCAUAUUACAUUGGAUCUGUUGUACAAAAUGAAUGUGUUUCACAGCUGUCUGCUGUUGUAAAGUCA